GGAUGGGAGUGCUAUUUAUGGUAGCAAUGCAGAAACUUUACAGAAAGUAAGGACUUUCAAGGAUGGAAAGCUCAAGAUUUCAAAAAAUGGCCUUCUUCCUCACGAAGAUGGCCAAGUUAUUUCUGGUGAUGUUCGUAAUAUAUGGUCUGGUCUCUCCACAUUACAUGCCCUGUUUGUCCAGGAACACAAUGCAGUCUGUGAUGCCUUGAAGAAGGAAUACCCUGAUUUGAAGGACGAGGAACUGUAUCGGCAUGCAAGGCUGGUGACUUCAGCUGUGAUUGCAAAAGUUCACACAAUUGAUUGGACAGUUGAGCUUCUAAAGACAGACAUGUUACGUGCUGGAAUGCGUGGAAAUUGGUAUGGAUUGCUGGGGAAGAAGUUUAAAGAUACAUUUGGACAUGUUGGAGGAGCCAUAUUGGGCGGCCUUGUGGGAUUAAAGAAGCCUAACAAUCAUGGCGUCCCAUAUUCGUUGACCGAGGAAUUUGUGAGUGUUUAUAGGAUGCACGGCCUCUUACCAGAUACUCUUCUUCUUAGGAAUGUCGAUGCAGCACCAGGACCAAACAAAUCUCCUCCUUUGGCAAAAGAAGUGGAUAUGCGUGAGCUGAUUGGUAACAAAGGAGAAGAGGCCUUGCAAAAUAUUGGCUUCACCAG